AGAUAAACAGAUGUAACUAAUUACGUGAGAUUGAAGAAUAUUUAUUUAUUUAAUUUUUUUUUUCAAUUAGCUUAAUUAGGCACAAUAAGAUUUGAUUAGAAUAGUCAAUCUAGUCGGAUUGGAGCCAGCCAAAGGUACAACCUUUCCCAGAUUUUUAUUUAUCUCCCUUUCCCUUUCCCUUUCCCUUUCCCUUUUCUCCUUCCCUCUUCUUGUCCUUCCUCUCUCUUUCUCUUUCACCACCCAACUUCCCAUCAUAAUCAUCAAUCUCUUCUGCAUUUCAACUUCAUCCUUCUUUUCUCUUGCUCUCCUUUUCUUUCCCCUUCACCAUUUUUUCUCAUCAGAUCCUUCAAUUCAAGAUCAUUGUUUUUUGCUGGAGUAGAGAAAAAAAGGAGGGGGAAGUUCGUAAGGAGUUCAGACUGAUAGGAGAAGGUUCUUAGAUCUGUUGAAGAGACAAGAAAGAGGAGGAAAAGAAAAGGAAAGAAACGAUGUCGUUUACAGGAACCCAACAGAAAUGUAAGGUUUGUGAUAAGACUGUUUAUUUGAUGGAUCAGCUUUCUGCUGAUGGUGUUGCUUAUCAUAAAUCUUGCUUCAAAUGCAAUCACUGCAAAAGCAGGCUUCAGCUGCAUAGUUAUUCUUCAAUGGAGGGUGUCCCUUACUGCAAGCCUCACUUUGAACAGUUGUUCAAGGAGUCGGGAAAUUUCAACAAGAAUUUUCAGUCCCCUGCAAAACUACUAGCUGAAAAGUCGCCUGAUAUGAAGCCCGUGUUGACAAGGUCACCAAGCAAAGCUGCAAGCAUGUUUUCCGGGACUCAAGAAAAAUGUACAACUUGCUCCAAAACCGUCUAUCCCCUAGAAAAGGUGACGGUGGAAAACCAAUUCUAUCACAAGUCGUGUUUCAAGUGCUCCCAUGGUGGCUGCUCGAUUACCCCUUCAAACUAUGCUGCCCUUGACGGAAUCCUAUACUGCAAACAUCAUUUCUCCCAACUUUUCCGAGAGAAAGGAAGCUAUGCUCAUAUCAUGAAGUCUGCAUCAAUCAAGCGGGGAGCUGCUCCGGUUCCUGAAGCGGUGACUGCUGCAAUACCACCUCGUGAAUCUUGAGUUACCUUUUUUUUUUUUUUCUUUUGAAUUAUUUGGAUAGGCAUUGCCUUCUUGCUGUGUGAUUACUGUGAUAAGAAGUUAACCCUCCAAAAAAACAAGACUCAAGCCUCCUUGUUUUGUUGUAUUAAUCUUUUAAUAUUGACUUUUGGUGUUUGCUUAAAUUGAGAGUUUUGUGAUUCUUUUGAGGAUGAAUGCAAUGUUUAGAUUCUGUUUUA